AGGGCACCGGGUUCGCCGGUUGCCGGUUGCUCAAAAUUAACCCUAAAUUUAAAAACCCUCGUUUGGGUUUACUGUUAUUAUUUUUAUUUUAUUAUUUCGACGGAGAGAUAUUAUAAUGGGCAAGUACACUCGCAAGCCCAAGCCCUCCGGCGACGUCUCCCCCGCCGCCGCCCUCGGCGUCCGUACUCGCGCCAAGACGCUCGCGCUCCAGCGCCUCCAAUCGGCGCAGCCGGAUUAUCUGGAGCUUCGUUCCAGGCGGCUCGAGAAGCCGCCGCUUCUCUGGCAGUACCUUGAGAAUUCGCGGAAAGCCGCCGCUCGGAAGCGUGAUUUGGAUGGGGAGAACUCUCGAAUCGGAAGUUCGAGCGAGAAAUCGCCGAUUGGAGAAGCGGAGGAGAAGGACGGGGAGGAGGAGCAGCAGUUGGAGGUUGGGGAUUUGGAAAUUGAGGUUUCGUUGGGGGAAAAUAAUUUGGAUGUUGAAGUCAGGGAAAGGUCCACCCGAGAAACCACACCGUGUAGUUUAAUCAGGUCCACUGAUAAUAUCACACCGCCCGGCUCCUCUACUAAGCAGAGAAGUCCUUCAGAGAAUCGAAGGGUCCAGAAUGUAUUUAGAAACACUCCUACAACUCAUGAAAUAGAGGAGUUUUUCACCCAAGCAGAGCAGCUGCAGCAGGAUCAGUUUAUCAAGAAGUACAAUUUCGACAUCAGGAAUGAUUUACCCCUUCCCGGUCGAUAUGAGUGGGUAAAAGUGAUCCCUUGAGCAGAGCACUCUGUGCAACAACUGUAACUUAUCGUGGUCGGAAACUCUCACCUAGGAAGAAGGUAGAACUUACUAGUCACCCCUGCAAUACUUCAUUGCUGUAAAGUCGAGCAGUAGCGAAGAUAGAAUUGUAACUUUAGCGAUGUGUAGAAAUACUAGGGGCCGGGAAAGUCCAGUCUAACCAUUUAGAAGUAGGAUCUCGCACAGAAUGAAUGUAACAGUAGGCUUUUGAUAAGGUUUAACAUCCCUGAAAUAAUUUGCAGGUAAUCCUCAGUUCUAAUUUUAGUUUUCGACUUGCAUCACUGCCCUAUAAUCGAGCAUGCAUUUCAUAUCCUAAUGAUGCCCAUCACCCCACCCGGUAAUGGUAUCUAGAGUUUAAAGUUGCAUUGUUCUCUAAAUAUUUUAUCGUGUCGUAUUAAGUAUUCGCAGCUGCAGCUACUGUUAUGCCGAGGGAGAGCUAUUUGAAAGCUUGGCUAUGUUGGAAAGGUAAGGUGAUAAAUUUUAGUUUUGAUCCAAGAAAAUUUAUGAUUGAAAAUUGAGUUAGAAAAAUGGAGUAACAUGCUAGUUAGCUAGUUGUAUUAUUGUAUGUGUGGUGAUUGAUUCCUCAAUGAAAAAAUUGAGGGAAAUGUAUAGAAGCUUAUGGAGGAGUUUUAGAAAGAAAAUUGGGAAAUAGGAAAUAUGAUGUUAGGUGAGAAAGAUAUAUCUAUUUGAUAAAAAAUAUUAUUGUUGUUGUUGUUGUUGAUGUAUAGUAAGUAUUAAAACUUUCAAAAGUGUCUUGUAAAUGGAGUUGUAAUGGAUUUUUAUGUCCAAAAAUCCAUUAAACUAAGUUAGUUGUAUGUCAUGUAAUAAGUUUAACCUAAGCUAGUGCAAGUGAAGAGUAGAUUUGAGUCAAUUAGGCUUGGUUUUGGAUCGAGAUUUUUUGAGUUUUGAAAUAUUUUAUA